AUGUUAGAAUCAGUACAGGGGAUGGCUCGUGGGUUUUUUGGGCAAGAUUCAGAAGAUAGAACACCGGUAGAUGGUCGCAAGCAUGAAUACGGUGAUUUGGAAUAUAUGAAGGCACAAAGACGUAAAAGAAUGGCUGAUAGAUCAAGUUCAGCGAGGGCACAUUUGAUGAGAGAAGUGAACGGCAAUGAAAGUGGUGAGGUGUUAUUGAACACAGUGAGAAAUCGUAAUAGGGGAGGAGUGAAAAAAUCUGUUAAUGGCGAAAGGAGAAAAGGGAGAAUGUAUCAAGAGAAAGUUGAAAGGGAGAUGCUUGCAGGGAGAAUUGCUCGCAACCAAAGAAAUCCUGGGACUUUAACGAAAAUUUUAAGUGCAAUUAAGACCAUUUUUUCACCAGAAGCAGAGAAUAUGGGCAGAAUGAAAAGAGUAUCAGAAAGUUUGGAUCAACUAUUACCAGAGAGUAAUAGAAUUUCGGAUUCUGCAAGAUGUUCGCAAAUGGAAGAGAGAAGAAGAAUGAGAGAAAGAAUCGGUAGGAGUGAAGCUUUUAAAAGAAAAUUAUUGGAGAAAAGGAAUGAUGAAGCGUUACUUGAUCAAUUAAAGAGAGGUAGACCAUCGUAUAGACAAAAUGAUGAUAUUGAUAGAGAGAAUGAAACUAUAGACGCGGAAUUUAGUAGUGAUGCAAAGAAUGAUAUAUCAAGAAGAGACUAUAAUAGGAAAGUUAAAUCUAGAAAUUUAAAUAUUGUUGAUGAUCAAGUCUUUCUGCUGCAAAAAAAAGUUGAUAGUUUAGAGAGCAAAUUGAAUAUAGUGGAGAAAGAACUGUACUUGUCCAAGAAGAAACUUAAAUUUGCUAAGGAGAAAAAUAGUCUAUUAGAAUCAUUGUUAGAUGAUGCAAAUAUCGAUAGUGAGUACGUCAAAUCUAGAAGAGAUAUCAAAAACCUGCAAAAAGAAAAUUUAAUUCCAGAGGCUGACUUGCCUCCAUCUCCAAGGAGAACAGUAAACCCGUUGUUUACGUCGAGUCCCAUGAGAAAAGUCAGUGGGAGUACAAAAAAGAACGAAGAAGAAGUAGGUAAACCGACAACCUCAGAAUUUUACAACAAAUAUCCUAAAAUACCGGAGACAGAAAAACUCAAACAAGACAUUAGAGAAAGAUCUUUGUCUCCAAUAAAUAUCGAUUAUUCAAAAUAUUCAUCACCUCGGUAA